AUGGAUCACAGAGGUCUUUAUUGUCCAGGCGAGUUGGACGUGUUGUAUCAAGAUCGGAACAGAUCAGAGACUACAAUUUGUGUCCCGUCGCCCUCACCUGCAAAGCGAGGAUCAUCUUACUACCCCACAGCCGGCCCAAAGGUCCUGGAAGAGUCGAAUCUUGAUCCCUUCUACCUCGAAGAAUCAUUGGCCGCUACGCCGUCUUGGAAUCAUUAUACAUCGGACAUGCGCAAUGAUAGUUUUGACGAAAGCCAAUACUAUCCCCUUUCCUUGAACCACAACAAGGAUAUCCGGAACCCAUUACAAUACCCCGGACCAGAUCGCUCCACACUUGCACAGGUGGAGUUCGAGAACAGCUUGCGAUUCCAUCGAUACACUCCAUCCACAGAGGAGCACAGUCCGCUGCACAGUAGCCAGCUGUCAUUCAGCUCCGUCCAAACAGACAGCACCACUCCCGACUUGACGCCGAGCAGCUCCUUUUCUUCUUCCUACGAUUCACCUAACUGCCCCGACGCCGUCUUGGAGGCGACCCAGCAGCUAUACAAGCACGCGAACCAGGUUCAGAUCGAGCCUCGUCGCCGCCGCUUCUAUCUGCCUGCAUCUACACCACCAACAUACUCUCUUCCUCCGCCGCCUCCCCCGCCGGUGGCUCCUAUCAACCAGGAUACUUUCCAGCACUCAAACGAUUCAACUACUACCAUCACCAUGGUCUACGAGGACGUAACAGGAUCCUGCUCAUCGCGGUCCCGCCGCAGGAAGCAGCCUCCUGCUGUUCUCGAUCUGUCGCGUACCACCAGUUCCCCAACCAGAUCUCGCCGGAAGCAAUCCAGCCCUGGAACUCGCCCUCCCCUGGACACUUCCAUGAUCUCCCCUCCAUGCUUAAUCAACCCAAUUACCAUGGAGCCUCACAUGACCCACUUUGAUCACCCUCUCUUCAUUCCUGCCAACGACGGCCCUAGUCCCGUUCCUAGUCCUGUGGCUAGCUCCCCACCAAUCUCCCGCCAGUGGACCGCAACCUCGAUGGAGCGGCCCUCAAUCUCUACUAUCGACAUGUUCUGUGAGCAGUCCGUAUGGGAGUCUGACUCCGAUUCCGAGUCUGCUGGUCGUAAAUCCAUGUCCCGUCGGCCAAUAGACACACUGCGCAAGGUUCGCAGUCGUGCCAAGCUCCGUGCCGCCAAGUCGCAGCCGAGACUUAACCAGACUAUGCCUGAUGGCAAUGUCUUUGAGCAGUUUCCAUGUAUGCCAGAGGAUAUUUUGGGAGAGCCUAUCCCUGAAGCUUUCCGUCCUAGCAUGGACCGCCCCAGCACUAGCAAAGAUGCUGUGCGGACACCCAUCGGCCUGCAGACAUUGCGCCUCGUUGACCCUUCCUCCACCUCUCUGACUCGCCCUCGUUCCCGCAAGAACAGCAGUCUCAACAGCUCCGACGUUGACCGCUCCGCAGCUGCCGCUUUCCAAGCCCAGUUCCGCCGUCGCCAGCGUUCCGAGUCCACUGAAUACACCAACUCUGACAAGGGUGACAAGGAGAAGUUGACCUCGUUCUGCUACGAUCACUUCUCCUCAGCCCCCAUCAACGGAUCUCGCGAACAGCGCCCCCUCUUCCAGCGUUUCAUGAACUCCCUGCGUUCGUUGAACUGCCAGAAGCCCCAAAAGUCUAAGAAAACCAAUGUUACCACCAUCUGA